GGUGCUGACAGCACAGAGAGCCAGGAAUCCGUUUACUGAGCGUUACAAUUAAACGGGCUCUGCGUUUCAGUUGAUUGUUGUCAGAUCUACUUAUUGCUCGACUUGCUAAAUAAGUGCAAAAGCAGCACGGCUUUUCUCUGUGUUUCACAGACCUCCCGGACAUUUUAUUUAUCCGUUUGCUUAUUUUGCCCUGGAAAGUAUUUAAUACAAGGACGUAUUCUGUGAGCAGAGAGCGACUUCGACUUCAGUAGACAUGUGUAUAAGAAGAGACGACCAAUUACACGUCAUCUUUACGGUGUUGUUUCUCGCUGCUGCGGUGACAAGCAUACAUGGGCAAGUGUCUUCUCUAGAGAAUGGAAAUGUUGGGGGCCAGAGGAGAGUCGAAGCAGACAGCGGAGCCUUCACACACUCGUCCACACAGGACACAGAGAGUGAGAUCCACCAUUUUACCACAGCAUCCUCCAUGAACGUCCCCAACCACCGACCUGUCUUCAGAGGCUUCGCCCUACAUGAACUCCUGCUCACUAAAGAUUUCCAGGGGGACCAGCGGUUUUUCACAGACCAUGGAGACGUGGAAGGACAUCCCACAAUGCCCGGCUCUGUUACUGCCUUUGAGGGGGGGGAUGCCUCAACUCGCCUGGUGCCACAUGAGGACGCCCCUGCCUUCUCUGACAUCGCCACUACUGCCACGGUGGCUGCCACAACCCCCCUCACCAUCUCUGCUUCCACAGACCCUGGGCUACUGGUGAGCAUGGCUCAGAAUAACCAGUUUGCCAAGGACAGGGAGGCAGAGAAGGUGGCAGUGACCACAGACUCCCUGACCACCCCUGUAGUGGCAUCCACUGCCCCUACAGUCAGUGGCCGCAGCCCCAAUGCCCCCCCCUUCCUGAAUGGAAGCGCCUAUGGUCAGGGGGAAGUUAUCAUGGAAGCCACCCUGCCCCCCCCUGUCCUGACCACCUCAGUUAGGGUGGAGAAAGGUGAGUCAGGGGAACCAGGGGUAAAGAACAAAACAGACCCUGGCAUCCAGCUCACCAAACUGACCGCCUUAUCCACAGGAGAGGUGGAUGAGGGAAUGACCACCACAACCAUCAUCACAACCACCACUAUCACCACCAUGCAGACACCAGGUCCCUGCACUGUGAAUUUCACUGACCCCGAGGGCCACAUCAAGAUUCCACAGCAGCAUUCUACAGCGUUGUCGUCCGACCCUGGAGUGGAUUGCACCUAUGUGGUGACGGUCUACCUGGGAUACGGGAUUGAAGUACAGGUGCUGAACGUGAGCCUGUCUGAGGGGGAGGUGAUGACGGUGGAGGACAUGGGGGGACGGGAGUCCUCCAUCCUUGCCAACGAGACCGUCCUGAUGAGGGGUCUGGUGGUGCGCAGCUGGAGCAAUCAGAUCUCCAUCCGUUACCGCAGUGACCAGCAGCCUCGCUCCGGCUCCCUGCUGCUGCUGCGUUACCAAGCCUUCGUUCUAAGCUGUGCCUUCCCUAAGGAGCCAGCCAAUGGGGAAGUAUCAGUGACUCACCUCCAUGCUGGGGGAGAAGCCUACUUCCAGUGUCUGACAGGAUACCAGCUGCAAGGCCCCACCAUGCUCACCUGUCGCAACGCCACUACACCUUACUGGAGUGGAAAGGAGCCCAAAUGCCUGGCUUCCUGUGGUGGUAUGAUUAAAAAUGCCACAUUGGGCCGUAUUGUCUCUCCUGGAUUCCCUGGCAACUACAGCAACAACUUGACGUGCCAUUGGGUCCUGGAGGCUCCUGAAGGCCACCGGCUUCAUGUUCACUUUGAGAAAAUGGCUUUGGCUGAGGAUGAUGACAGACUCCUUAUAAAGAAUGGGAACAACAUUGACUCCCCUCCGGUGUAUGACUCCUACGAGGUGGAGUACCUGCCCAAUGAGGGCGUGGUGAGCACAGGCCGUCACCUCUUUGUGGAGUUCACCACAGAUGGGACGGUCACCUCUACGGGAGCAGCAAUCAGAUAUGAAGCUUUUGCAAAGGGCACAUGCUAUGGGCCCUUUGUGAAGUAUGGCAACUUCACCAGCAGUGACACGGCCUACGGUGUGGGUGCGGUGGUGGAAUUUGCCUGUGACCCUGGCUACACUCUGGAGCAGGGCUCAGUCAUCAUUGAAUGUCUGGACGCAGAGAACCCCCAGUGGAAUGAGACAGAGCCAGCCUGCAGGGCUGUGUGUAGUGGUGAAAUCACAGACUCAGCCGGGGUGGUUCUCUCUCCAAACUGGCCGGAGACCUACGACAAGGGCCAGGACUGCAUCUGGGGCAUCCACGUGGAAGAGGACAAGAGGAUUAUGCUGGACAUCCAAGUGCUCAAUGUGGGUAAGAAUGACCUGUUGACCUUCUACGAUGGUGAUGACCUAACAGCUAACAUCCUGGGUCAGUACAGUGGCACCAGGUCUCGCUUCAAGCUCUACACCUCCAUGGCUGAUGUCACCAUCCAGUUCCAGUCGGACCCUGCUACUAACAUCUACGGCUACGGCAACGGCUUCGUGGUCCACUUCUUUGAGGUCCCCAGGAACGAUACAUGCUCUGAGCUGCCAGAGAUCACCAACGGCUGGAAGAGCACCUCCCACCCAGACCUGAUCCACGGGACAGUGGUCACCUACCAGUGUUACCCAGGUUACGAGGUGCAGGGCUCGGAGAUCCUAAUGUGCCAGUGGGACCUGACGUGGAGUGGAGAUGUGCCUAGCUGUGAGAAAGUAAUGACAUGUCCGGACCCGGGGACUGUGGAGCACAGUCGGAGGGUGCUGACGGGAUCCCGCUUCAUGGUGGGAUCAACGGUGCAGUAUGUGUGCAAUAAGGGCUACUCCCUGUCUGGAAGCACACUGCUCACCUGCUACAACAGAGACACAGCUAACCCCAAGUGGAGUGAGAGGCUUCCCAAGUGUAACCCGGAGAGGUACGAGCCCUGCAGGAACCCUGGCGCCCCGUCCACCAGCGUGCAGAGCUUAGAAAAGGCCUUCUACCAGGCUGGGGAGACCCUGAGCUUCACCUGUCGUACCGGCUAUGAGAUGCAGGGGGAGCCCACCAUCCGCUGUGUCCCUGGACACCCGUCGCAGUGGAGCGGCACACCACCCACCUGUAGCGCAUCCUCCUCGCAGUAUUUGAACGAGCGCAAGUUGGAUGUUGCUAGUCCUGACUACGGUAUGGAAGGAAGCAACAUUGUCAUUGCUGUUCUGAUUCCUGCUGCGGUCGUACUGCUAGUCAUCCUGGGGAUUUACCUCUACUUUGCAAAACUUCAGGGGAAGACCAUCAGAAUGCCAACAUCAUCCUUGCCACCGUAUGACAACAUGACAGAGGAGUCUGCCUUUAAUAACCCAAUCUAUGAGACAGGACCCCGGCAGGCGUUCUGUGAUUACUAAUGACUGUGUCUGUCUGUCCCUCCUUGGCUGCCUGCAGAAGAACAACGAGGGCAAAGGAGAUUAUGAGGUGACCAUUUAAAGACCUCACAGCAAGUGGAAUUCAGGGGUUUCUUUUUGGGACUCUCUCUGCACCUCUCAUCUUACCUGCAAUGACUUCAGCUCCUAUUCCUCCCUCCUUCCUCUUUCUCUUAAUUCACUCCUUUUUGUGGGCUUUUGUAAAUAUCUCUUUCCAGAGGACUUCUACCAAAACUGCAAAGAUGGUGGAUCAACAUGGUGUUAUUUUUGUAGACCUUUGACGCAGAUGGCCUUUCUUUAGUGUUUGUACAUUUUCAUUUCAUAACUGAGCCCAGGACUGGUAACAUUGUGGGGGGGAUACAUUUAGUUCAAAUGGUUUAGGUUUUAAGAUUUACAUAAGAAAUGUGAAGAACAAAUGUACGGUUUAUGCAUUGUCAUGGGUCUUGGAAUAUACAGUAUACAUGAAAAAUACAAAAUGACCCAAAGUUGUUUGAACAUUGUCCAAAUAUCAAUUUCACAUUUACCCUGAGUGAACAUUUGUAUUUUUCAAUUUUGCUACUAUAAUUCAACCAUCCAGUCUAUAUAUGAGUUUUAAAUAUCACUUUGUAAAUAACCUGCCUGUCUAAUAUGAGGGUGUCUGCGACUUGAGGAAACAAGUUAGUGCUUUGUUCAAUUUGACUCACAGUUUUGUUGAGAGACAUUUUCUGUGCUAAAACAACUAUAAAUAUAUACUUCCAGUCAAAAGUUUUAGAACACCUACUCAUUCAAGGGUUUUUCUUUAUUUUUACUAUUUUCUACAUUGUGAAAUGAUAGUGAAGACAUCAAAAUUAUGAAAUAACACAUAUGGAAUCAUGUAGUAACCACAAAAGUGGUAAACAAAUCCAAAUAUAUUUUAUAUUUGAGAUUCUUCAAAUAGCCACCCCUUGCCUUGAUGACGGCUUUUGCACACUCUUGGCAUUUCUCUCAACCAGCUUCAUGAGGAAUGCACCUGGAAUGCAUUUAGUCCAAAUAAAGAAAAACCCUUGAAUGAGUAGGUGCUCUAAAUGUUUGACCGGUAGUGUACAUGUAAUGUAUAGCCCACAGUGUUAAACUCCUCCUCGUGGCUGUUAUAGAGUUGGCGAAUACUCCACUAUCUCCUUGAUUAAACUAAUGUCAAAUCCCAACAGCUUUCUCUUGUCAUGCCAUCUGCAUUGAGAGUAUGCAUCAAUUCAAUGAAGGGAGGCCAUGAAGAUAAUAUGCCAUCUUCUACAAAGUGCUAUUCUGUAAAGUACACCAUCUUCAUGUACAUAGGAAUGCUCCUGGGCUACCCCUUGUUCAUUGCUGUCAUUAGUUUCUGUCUUUCCACACAAGAAAAUGCACUGCUUAAAAGUGCAAUAUGCAGAAAUCGCUCUGCCAUUUCCUGGUUGUUCUAAUUCUAAUAGUUUGCUUAAUUUCAGUUAAUGUGACAAAACAAGUGACCUAAUGUGUAGAGAAACAUUGUACCAUCUAAACCGCUGUGAAAUAUAUUUUCAAUUGUUUUUCAGCUGUUUGAAGCUGGUGUACAAAGCCGAAAGUAAAAGAUGCGAAAAUGAAACGGGAAGCAUAAAAAUAGCGCACUUCUACAGCUUCUUAGACUUGCUUUCAACAAUAAUGACAGUUCUAUCACUCACAUUUCUACGUCAAUUUGGUCGACCAAAAAAAAAUGACCUACUGCAGCUUUAAAGUCUUGAACUCCAACCACAACACUUGCUGGCGUCAAACAGCAUGUCAGAUAUUCAAACCUUGUGUACUUUUCUUCUCUUUGUAAAAUGAACAAUCCAAUCCAGUCCAAUUUGAGUUUGCAAAGAAACAACAGGUUUUAUUUUGAUUGUUUAUCUUUGUUGUUGGCUCUAUAAAUGUUAAAUGUACUCACUUCUUUGGUAUCAUUAUGUACAGUCUCUUUGGUCAUUAAGUGGGGUCCGAAAUGAUUGACACCCUUGAUAAAGAUUAGCAAAAAUGACUGUAUAAAAUAUCUCAUUCAAAUAUUGAGCUGCUGUAUAUUGCUCAGAGAAAGAGAUUUCGUUUUUUUGUGUUGAAUUCCUCAAAAAGGUAGGGGUAAAAAUGAUUGACUCCGCUGUUUUCAAUACCUUUCAAUACCUAACGGCACUGAGCCUUUUUCUAAAAUGUUUUAUGAGUUGGAGAACACAUUGGGAGGGAUCAUUCCUCCUUACAGAAUCCUUACAGAUCCUAGAUAUCUAUUGCACAGAUGCUCAUGGACUGCCCUUUUCAAAUUUAGCUUUAGAAAUGAUUAGAAAUGAGUUAGCAUUUUCCAAUGAACACUUCGCAAUGGCCAUCUCAGUCUACACUAUGGACUUAAACCCAUUAAAAACCUGUGUUUUGUAUUGAAGGGAUAUGUCCAUGAACACAGACAAAGGAUAUCAAGGAUUCGGAAUCAUUAUGUAUGGAGGAAUGGUCUAAGAUCCUACCCAAUGUGUUUUCCAACUCGUAAAAUAUUAGUUUUAAUGGCUGUCGUUAUCCUUGCAAGGUGAGGUAUUGAAAACAGGAGUCUUAUUCAUUUUGACUCCUACCUUUUUGAGAUAAAAAAUAUUACAUUACUUGUUAAUAUUUUUGUAUAUAAUUUAGCUUAGUAUUUUUAUAAUUUAUUUUAUACAGUCAUUUUUGCUCAUCUUUAUCAAGGGUCUCAAUAAUUCCGGACCCCACUGUUUAGUACAAAACGAUGAUUGCCCAACAAUUGUAAAUUCAGAGUAAGUUGUAGGGUGGGUGUAUAUUUUAUUACUCAAAAUCUGAAAAAAAAGAACUGCAUUACUGUGAAAUAUUCCCAGAGAGUCAGAUCGUUUAAAAAUUAUUUCGAGAAUUGCAAGAAAUUAAGAACCUUUUCUGACAGAGAACUGUCAUAUCCUGCUGAUUGAUUGCAUUGAUGGACCAAAAUAAAUGUGAAAUGCACCUUUACAUGAGUGAGUCAGUCAAUUGACUUUGGGUAUGUUAAAAGAGGAGAAUAAUACAAAUAAAGUUGGCAAGAUAUCUA